GGAAUCGAAGCCGUAGCAUUACGAUGCAUCGAGAACACGCCUCCACAUCAUUCGAUGUUCUCACACACUGUUCGCAAGAAGACGUACACGUUCGCGAUCGACGAAGAUUCGUUUGUUUAUUUCGCGAUUCUGGACGAAAAUAUGGAGAAUUCCGAAUCGUUCUGGGUUUUGAAUCGUUUGAGAUCGGUUAUGGAGGAUCUGAUCAGAGUCGGUGGAUCUGAUGCGGAGACGGUUGUUAAUAACCCGGUUUCGCUUUGUCUUCAAUCGAAGCUGGAUCCAGUUUUCGCGGAAAUCGUUGGUGUUGGUGUUGGUGUUGGUGUUGGUGUUGAUGUUGAUUUGGAAUUGGAUAUGGAUUUGGUUGGAUCG